GUUUGCAGUUAAAUCCAUUCCAUUCCCAGUGUUGCUAUACAACAAGGUAUUGAUGAUGUUGUGGUGAUAAUGAUCCCUGAGCCAAAGGGGAAAGAAAUAGUGAGUCUACUGGAGCGGAAUAUUACUGUAAUGAUGCACAUAACAGUUGGAACCCGUAACCUGCAGAAGUAUGUUAGUCGUACUUCUGUGGUGUUUGUAUCUAUCUCCUUCAUUGUGCUGAUGAUCAUCUCCUUAGCAUGGCUGGUCUUCUACUACAUUCAGAGAUUCAGAUAUGCAAAUGCCAGAGACAGAAAUCAGCGCCGUCUUGGAGAUGCUGCAAAGAAAGCAAUCAGCAAACUGCAAGUCAGAACAAUAAGGAAAGGAGAUAAGGAAACUGAGUCUGAUUUUGAUAACUGUGCAGUGUGUAUUGAGGGAUACAAACCAAAUGAUGUUGUCAGGAUUUUGCCCUGCCGGCAUCUCUUUCACAAAUCUUGUGUAGAUCCAUGGCUCCUAGAUCAUCGUACCUGUCCUAUGUGUAAAAUGAACAUACUAAAAGCACUAGGGAUUCCGCCCAAUGCAGAUUGCGUAGAUGACAUCCCUCCAGAUUUUGAAGCUUCUAUAGGAGGGCCACCAACCAAUCAGAUUACAGGAGCUAGUGACAUAACUGUGAAUGAAAGCUCUAUAGCAAUGGAUCCCCCUAUCCGGACAGUUGGAGUAUUACAAGUUAUCCAGGAUGCAAAUCCUCUUCCACAGGCUGGGGAAAGUAACAACACCACAAGCAGUGAGCAAGAACCAGCAGUCAGUAGUGAUUCAGAUAUUUCAUUGAUUAUGGCAAUGGAGGUUGGACUCUCUGAUGUGGAACUUUCUACUGACCAAGACUGCGAAGAGGUGAAAUCCUGAAAGAAAGAAAACUAUCAAAACACCCUUCUAUUAGACUAAGGGGCAGUAGCAGGAAGAAGAAACCAGUUGUGGUACACACAUGAUUAUCCAUAUACACAUGUGCACAUAUGUAAGAUUUGGGUCAGUUGUGUACACAUGAAUACCCAUAUACACAUGUGCACAUAUGUAACUAUAUGCACCUGCACAGACAUACAGAAUAUUUUGUGAACUCCAGUUAAUUCUAUUCUGGGAUGGUCAUGAAAAGCAAUAGCAACAGAUGUGUCUGCCUGGAUGCAGUUUCAUUAUCAAUUACAUUUGUUCAUUUCAUUGAAAAUGGAAGUUGAAAAUGUACUGUUCUAACCCAUGUGCCAGAAGAAUUAUGCCCCUGCUUGGUGGCUCAGAACCAUGUAACUGAAAUGACGGUUUGGUUUUUUCCCCUCUACUUUUUUUUUAAAAGGAAGAAAAAAGAUACCAUAAGGUGAUGAUAGCUGACAUUGAUGGACAUUAUUUUUCUUUCUUCUCAUUAACCCAAGCUUAUUCAAGUAUUCACUUCAGAAAUCUGAAUAUUAUGGUGGGUCACAAAAGUGUAUGAAUGCCAGGCAUUUUCUACAUGAAGAAAGCAUGGCUUCGGGAAGAAAUGGUGCUUCCAGACAUUGACUUGAUUUGAAGACUCUUUUUAUUAAGAUAUUCCCGGGGCUUGGAGAUCUGGGCUUCCAGGGUCUUCCAGACAGGAGAACAGAGGCUGGUUUGAUUGAGAUUGGCAAAUUGCUAUACAAUCCUGCUGGAUCUUGCUCUGAGCUUUAGGACUCUGAUAUAUGACUUCCAAGUGAGAGAAGAUGUGUGAAGACAAUAAUCAGAAUGAGAUUAAAGGUCAACUAGUACAUGUAGCCUUUUGCUACCACUACAUACUCUUCAUGCCUUAAUGGCUUUCAUAAUAAUUGAUUUGAAAUUAGCUUCACUUAAAAAAAGAAAGUAAGCUUUCCCAUGAACUUUCUGACCUAUGAAUGAGUGGAAUUCAUUGAUAGUAUUUGUGGUUAGAUGGAAAGUAAAUAACCAUGUUGAAGAAAAGCAGCAGGGGCUAUGGUAGUUUAGGGUUGUUACCAACAGACUGAGAUUGUUUAUCACAUAAAGUAUACCUUGAAAAAUCACUUUAUCCCCAAGAAUAAACAUAAUUGUUAGUUACUCUUAUUUUACAAGUGACAGUUUUCCCAGUUUCCAAGGAACGUCUCAACUUAUGUGGGAAAGGAUACUCACAUAUAGCCUAAUCUUUAUUUACAUAACUCCAUUUUAAUAUUGUUGGACAAAGAACCAGUAAUCCAAUUCAGAGAGAUCUUUUCAUUCCUAGAAGAGAGUAAAACUAUACUAAGAAUGAACUGCUUUCCUGCAUACCCCUUAAACAAACUGAUUAUAGCACAUUUAAAUUCACCUUAAAAUCAUUUAGAAGGUCUCAGGCAGUUUUAUUAUCAUGUGUGAAAAUAUGCUACAAACACCUUUUGUUAUUGUUUAUGCUCCUGAUGUGGAAUAUGCAGGCUAAACCUUUUACUGGUUCCGGGACAAGUUUAGAUGUAAAUGAAAAGAUGGUUAUUCAUAAUCCUAUUUCUGAAUCAUAACUGAAAACUGAAACAUUCAAAAGCAAAUUCACUAAGAAUUGUGUGUUUUACUCUAAAUAAUGUAUGUUGAAAAUAAGUGCCAUUAGCUGUUGGAAUUUAAGCGAUUUUGUAUUAUGCUAUCGCUUAAUGGGGCGUGCUAUUUAUGCAGAAGAACAAUGUGUAUUUUAAUCAAAGUACUCAAGAAGGACUUUUCAUCUUAUUUUCUGUCACAGAAGGUUAAGCCAUUACUUCUUACAAUAAGAAUAGUGAUUUCAAUCACAGCAGAUAAACAGAGGUAAUACAGUAACUUGUUACUAAAAACUGAACAGACACAGACUCUAUUUUUUCUUUCUGUAGUAGAACAGUACUGUAAGAAUUCAUUCAGAGGUGAGCAAAACAUAGAUCUAGAUCUACCUGAUGGAUCCUGGGUAACUGGCUAUAGAUCAGGAACUAUUCCUGAUUUAUACCUGUGUAAUGACAGUAGCAGCAAAAGGCCCUUUCCACCUUAAAUUACCAUUUGAUCCAAGUAUUGUUUCUUUACCAAAAGACUGCACAUUCCAACCUCGCUCGAUAGUUGAGGUUUUAGCCCCAUAAAUUUCUAAAUCUCAACAUCUGACUUUUCUGUAUCAGCCUCCAGCUGGUGAAUCCAAAGACAGAAAUAACAGCAGUAUUAAAUCCUUAAAAACAGAGAUUUGCCAACUUCCAAAAUAAAUGAUCCCAUGUACUGUCUUGCUACUCUUCUCCUUAUAUCUCUUGAUUUUCCCCUCACUGCCAUUAGUUUUCCUAAUUUGCUACUAAAUGAGAAGAGGAAACUGAGCAAUGAAAGAAUGGCCAAGCUUUGGCAUUUAGCACGGCUUAUCAUGUUCCACAAGAAAUUGGAAACCUUUUAGUCCAAAUGUCAUCAUUCCUGCCAUUUCUUUCUAUACUUCUGGACUCCAGCAUAUCUUACCAAAUGCCACUCGGGACAGUGCUAAGGAUGGGCAUUCAACCCAAAAAUGGAAAGUGUUGAGGAUACCAUCCGCUUCCAUUGUUCUUUGUUCAGGAUGGGGGAUGAGAGUGUCUUGUGAAACCUAGUCUUGGCCCUGUGAAUAGUGCAAGGAGAAAGUCAGAGUACAUGGGAGCAACAGUUUUCACAUUGUAUCAAGGUUUGGUGUUGCAUCUGAUUUAUUAUAAGCACCGAAGCUAUAAUUUAGAAAGCAGAUUGGUCGCUUUAAGAUCAUUAUCUUCAACAAAGCAGCAGUGAGAAAGAUCAGUCUGCCCCAUCUCCAUGAAGCCUAAUGAGGAACCUCCAACAAACUGAUGCAGUUUCAUUUGACUUUAAAAUAACAUGUCCUAGGAACAUGAGUCCUCUGUUUAUUGCUGUUCGAUGCAAAUCAGGGAAGAUUAAACCCUCCUCUAGUAAUACAAAGAAUCUUUGUGGGUAUAACUUGUGCUGCCACAUUUUGUUAACUGUGCCUGUGAAAACAUACAUGUCAGACUAUAAAGAUGUAGUUGCUUUAAUCUUGGAAGAGGCUAUUCACUGUCCCAGUAUAUUCUUGUCUAAAAAUAUAAGGCAACCAUCUCUUCAGUUUAAUUCAUUUCCAUGACAUGUCAGAUACUAUAUUAAUAAGACAGGGGCAAAAGACAGUCUCAGUCUUGUAGGGUCAGCUUUCAACAUGGCUUUACUACACAGUCAUGUCCAGCUUUAUGUUACCUACAGUGUUGCAGCAUCAUAAGUAAGUGUGCCUAUCUGACUCUGCUUAAUUGUAGCCAUAUUAAACCAUGUUGUCCACCUGAAUCCAGCACAUUUGCAAAGCUGACUUAUGAUAAUCAAAAGUAAUGGUAGCUUGUGAACUGUCCCUAGACCUGUCUCUGUUCCUCCUGUCUCACUUCAACCAUUUCCAUGCUAUCUGAUGGUUAACAACAUCACUGACAUAUUAUUCUAAGCAGUAAAGGCCAUUCUUUUCCCAUAACUGGUGGUAGGUAGAUGGCUAACAGAAUAGCAUUGUGACCUUGCACUAAGUCUGAUUGUUUUUCUUUUCCAAUGUAGCAAAUUAGGGAAAAGUAUGUAAUACUCUAGUCCAAUAUUUACAGAAUCUUCAAAAACCACACAUGUACUUUUGAAAAUGUGAAACACUGACAUUGUGCUCUGCUUUAGGAAGAUGCUUUCUCUCAGUGUCACUUAUUCAGACUAGCAGUACUUCAACAAAAGACAUUCUGUAUCAUCUGUAACUUCUUCCUUUGAACUGAAGAAAACAGUAAUUGAACCUUGGUGGUUUUUGUUUUUUGGCCGUCUAAGAAUGUGCUUGGUGCCAGUGAACUAAAGCUAACGAAUGUUUCCUGAUUUAUUAUUAAAUUACAGUAACCAAUCUGUAAUUUACUGUAGACGUCUUACCUGAUAAUUGAUAUUAAAUGCAAUAGAAUAGCCCAGAAAAUCAGUUAAAUAUUAUCUUCUAAACACAAUGGACUUUUAGGUGUAUCCAUAGAAAUGUAUAUUAAGAAUCUGAUAAAAUUGCAAAGACACCUAAAUAAUGGCCCUCAAUCUGAUAUAGUUUUCUGUAUAUAGUCAGUUUAGAGUUCUGGCAAGACAACGUGCCCCAGCCUAAUGAAUAGGGGAGAAGCAGACAGAGAGAGAGAUGUCAGAAAGAGGAGGAAAGGGAUAUUAGAAGCAGCUAAUGGUUUUUUGCUCUGAACUGCCCACUAGUUGCUUAAACCCCACCAACUAUUGAACGGACUGCAACCCCAUGGGGACCCCCAAGCUUCUUGGCUUGGCUUUCUACUUCUAAAUCCAUUCUGUCACUAAAAGCAUAGAAGAGAGAAAUAAUUAUCAUACUGUAGCUGUAUGAUUUAAAUGUGGACUGCAUGCUGAUGGUCAACCGGGUGAUAAUAGUAACAUGUUGGAAGGCAGAACUGCAUGUAUCUUGAAUGACCAUACUGUCCUCAGGUGGCAUUAUAACUGUUAAAGUAAGACCCGUCCAUCACGACUGAACUCUCAGUCAUUCAGCUAUUGCACAUGAAAUGCAGGAGGGGGAACUCACUUAUCUGUAACGUAGACAGCAAAGUCUUUUGCCAGCGUUGUUGCUAUAUACAGCUGUUUUUAUGAGAACUUACAUCUAUUUAAUCAAAUUUAAUAAUGCAGAACAGUCUCUGCCAGUGCACAAUUCUAAUAACUUCACCAGUAUUAAGAACAGACUUAUUUUCAGUAUGAGCUUCCAGUAGUAUUUAUAACCUCUCCCUGUUCUUGUCUACUCUCUAGGGAGAGUAGUUCCAUUGUAAGUUUGCACAGUAUAAAGUCUGUGAAAAACCUGAGAUUUUACUUUUCUGUAGCUCUUUGAGAAAUCACACCCCACUUCCCACUAAGUGUUUCUAGCAUGCCAUCAAUAGAAACUGCCUCAUAGUCAUUAGACACAGUGUCACUGCCAGUUUUUCACCUUGAGUGUACUUUUGCCAACAAGUAUGUGGAGCAAGCUCAGAGCAGAUGCAUUUUCCAGUAUCUACUUGAAACAUAGUUUGGGUUAAAGACAGCUGGAAGAGAAAUCUUGCUUUUGAAUGUGCUUCCAUUGUCAACAAGAGGAGUCAACAGUCUAGUAAAGGAAAACACAGUUCAGAGGACAGAAUAUAUACGCACAGGUACAAAUGCCAGAUAGUGCCGGGAGUUAUGUAAAGAUCCUCUCUGCAUUUGACUGACUCAGAUGUACUUCCAUAUCUACUGAGACUUUCCCCAAGUAUUCAUACACAGGGUUGCAGCUGAGAAAGCUUUAAUGCAGCGUUUCUGUUUAUAAUAGAUGUGUUUGUUAUAAGCAGGCAGGAUAUAAAAACAGCAAAAAAGACUGAGCUGUAACAAACUUUGUUUUCCUUUUUUUAACUGAAGCAAUUGAUCCAAAUAAUAAUAAUAAUAAUGUAAGAUAAUUUUUAGCAUGUAGGUCUUUGCCUAGCAGAUGGUGUUUGCUAAUAGUUACAUAGCAAAGGAAUGCCCUCUGCUGUGAAAGUUUCAUUUUUUAGAACUUCUCUCUUAAUAUAUCUGUUGCUUCAGUACAGUAGUCAGAAAUUAUUUCACCAGUAAAAAUGCUGAUUCAUAACAAGUGGGACUGAGGAAAGGGACUGUUGUCCACUAUUAUAAAAAAGAUGAAAGGGAAAUUGCACUGAGCAUAUGAAAGAGGCCUCUUGAAAAAUCUAAUAUUUAUAGCAUGUCAUCCUCAGCAAAUAAUUUCUUUUCAAAAUGCAUCUUACAAGAAUGAAUGUGUGGAAGACAGGACAAAAAGAAGAGAAUGAACAUUUUUCUUCCCAUUUGCUUCUUUUCUACCUUGUUUGUUUGUUUUGAAGGCAUCAAAUGUUACCCAUUUCUUUUGCUGUAAUGGUUGUUACUGAUGUGAAAUAUCAAAAUGUUUUUUUACAUGUACAUAGUAUCAUCCUUUCUUCCUGUUUUCAUGGUUAAGUCACCUGAUGAAGGUAUUUACCAUUUUAUAAAUAUAAUAAAAUGUAAAGCAGGGAUUGAUUUGGGUGGGUGGGAAGGGCUGUUAUUUUUAUAGCAAGAUGUUCCUUGUACCUAUGAGCUUAUAAAAUAAUUUUGUACUUGUCAAACUGUACAUUCCAUCCAUUUCUCAAAAAUAUUUUUUAUUUAAAGGACUUUAUAAACACAAAAACAUUUGAUAAAGAGUUUCAUCAAUAAGCCAAAAAUAUUUGGUUUACAGUAAUUGCUCCAAAGUUCUCUCCUGCUGUAUCAUAAUGAAGACUGAAUACUAUACCAGCAAAUGCCAAUAAAAAAAAAAACUAGAGAAAUUCCUUUUAAAUAGUGGCAUUUAAAUUAUUUCUAAUUGCAAAACACUUUUUUGCAAUUUGUUUUCCAGCAAAAGAGUUUGCUUCUACCUGCUGGAUUUGGAAUAUAUCCCAGUUUAUAUAAUUUGAAUGAGGGGCCUGUUCUGACAGCACACUUGCUGAAUUUUAUUCAGGUGUACUGUUUGCUCUUAAGAAUUGUGCUCAGGAAAAACUUUGUUUUUCUGUUUAAAGCUGGAGUCAGCUCUGUGCUGAUUGCCUAGCAUUCUGUGAAGCCAUAAGGCCAUUUCCUCUUUCACUCAUCUAACAGUUGUAGCAUUAAGUCAUUGUUUAAAAAUUGAUAACUGUUCUAAAACCAGUUUAAAAAUAGCGAAUGGUUUUAUAGACACAGCAAGCCAGAACUCUUCAGAAUUUCGGCUUAUUAGCAAACAAGCAUCAUUUUGGCAUCCUGGCUCCUAUAAAUGGCAGAAGAAAACAGACUGUAGAUAACAAAGAAGCAUGGUUUGGCUUUGACCUUUCUCUCUGCCUUGUUCAAGUGGACAAAACAUUAUCUCCAAUUUGAAUGACAGCAGUCCUGCUGUGGGUGGAGCCAUCCAUGUUAGCAACACCUGCCUGGAGGAAGAGCUGUCAGGAUUAAUAGAGUGAGUGUGUGGGCUGACCAGUUUCUUGAUGACUAGCAAGCCAAUAUUCUGAAGAAGUCAGGGGUGGCUAAGAAAAUCAGGAGAACGAGUAAUCUGUUCUUGGCAUUCCAAAUGUGAGAGAAGGACAAGUUCCUGUACUUGCAAAGAGGCUGGCCUUUCAAUCAUGCUAAUAUUGUGAAGUGCUGUAUAACUGAUUGUACUAAACAGAAAAACCAGAAGUAAAGAAAUAGAAAAGAAUGCUUGUUUUGGGGGAGGUGUGUUUUUGUUUUCGUUUUCAUGAGUUUUGCUUUUGUUGAGUAAGCCUCCUGUAAAAACAUACUCAUCUUUUAAAUUUUAGAUAUAAUUCUUUUUUUCCCCCCUGGUUUGACAGUGGAAAACAAUCCAGCACAGUAACUUACAGCCGAGCCUUCAUUCUUCACCUUUCGCAAAAUAGAGAGGAAGGACGGAAAUCAUCACGAUCGCCCAUUCACGUUUGCAUAGGCAAAGUCUUUCUUUAAAAAAAGGUCUUUUUUUGCCAUAAUAUGUGGAUUGUAUGCCUAUGCAAUGCACCAGUGGUUUGUGAAGAAUUUGUUUUCCUAAGUGUUGCAGCUAUAUUUCAGUCACUAGUAUAUCCCAUUACUUAUCUCUCUCACCUUCCCUUCCAAUGCACUUUAUAUCACUUGGAAAAUGUGGGAGUCGGACACUAUCAAUAAAGGGACUUGCCUAAGAUCAAGAGGCACACACACUGGCCUUUCUGUGCUUUUCAGUUUAGACAGUGACUCAGCAGGAGUUGGGAGAAAUACUAGGAAAACAUUACUCAGUAGUAAAACAUGGCUAUUUUUGUUAUGUAGAGAAUUAUAAUGUAAAUAUGUGAUACUGUGUUAUUCUGUAUUAGUAAAAUAUUGCAACUGUAAAACCUAAAGGAUUGUGAAUUCUAACGAAUUUUAUUGCAAGGAUUUUUUAAUAAAAAAUAUCUGAUAAGUGUCAUACAUUUUUCUUAACAAAUGUAUUGGUUGAACUAGAUUUCUCAGAACAGCAAAACUUGAAAUCAUCUCGCAUAAUGUUCCUGGGUGCUACAAAAUAUAAUCUACAAAAAUCCAUGGAAUUUAAUGGAAUCCAUUCAGUUGAAUUUUCACAUCUUUCCUCCAUCAAUCUCUCUUUGUAUUGGGGAGAAAAGGAAAUUAAAAACUGUUUCUCAUAGCAGCUACAGUAGAAGAAAUUUAAUUCAGCAGCCACUUCUGGUAGAAUUGUGUGUUUCCCAGAAUGCACAACACAGGAGGUUGCAGCAUUAAUUACAAAUAAGAAAUGGUUGAAUAGACAUCCCUCCCUCCCCAAAUCCCACUGAUUUCAGGGACCUCAAUAUUUUAACUCUGGAUCUCAUCCAUUUUUUAGUCUUUUUUAUUAUUCAGAAAGUAAA